UCCGACAGGUGGUGUGACCGCUCAAGGGUAAAAAGGAAACAACAUGGCUCUGCGAACCUUAACUACAAUAGGCCGGAAAAUUUCAGAAUGGAAUCUCUUAAAGACUACAUCAAUUUUCGUUACGAAAACUCGCAAUCUGAAACAAGUUACACAGAGCGAAACAUCAGACGGUACAUUAGUGAUAGCCGGUACUUACGUUCCUUCAGACAGAACGAGUAUUUUGGUCACAGUUAAGCUAGACCAUGAAACGCCCUGCAGUGCUUGUUACAUGUGCAAACUUAAUCUUGAUAUCAAACAUACGGAUGUCCUGAUACUUAGUCAAUUUCUGAGGACAGAUGGAUGUAUGCUCCCUCGGAGGAUUACAGGAUUGUGCAAAAGGCAGCAGAAGCGUAUUGGAACAAUGGUGACCAUGGCUCAGAAGGCUGGCCUCAUGUCCAACAUAAAUCCAUCAUGGAGCCACAAGGACCCCAGAAAAAGAUUUGGAUGGAAAAAAUGGAAUUCCUAUUGGGAUGAAACAACCAUAAAAUGCUAGAAAAUUACCAUUCAGAAAUGCAGUAUAAUAAAGAAAAUUCAUAAAUUUGA